AUGCGACCAGUGCCGGGCACUCUGAGUUGUGCCGUCGCGCGUCUGCACGCCCGGAAGUUUAGAAUGGACAAAGGAAACAAAUUCAUCCGGCCAUUAGGAUUCAGACGACGAACAAGAUCUGCCAGUAGUGUCGCAUAUCCAGACAAUAAAGCUCAAAGUGAUGAUUCCAGUAGUAAUUCCAAGGAUGUAGGAGUGUCUAGUAUUUAUCAUAGUGAUUCAGAUGAUAUAAGUGGUGCUCCACAACCCAUCCGGUUUGCUUUACUAUCAAAACAUCUAAUGCAUUUGGAAUCAGAUUCAGUCAAUGAAAACUUUACCCCAGGAAGGCCAUUCACUAGAAGAAAAAGAAAAUUCAAAAAGAUGAUUGUCGAUCCAGAUGUGAAGUUUCCAUCACAAAUGACUAGUAGUUGUUCUCAAAGUAGCAGCAGCGAGAAGAGAAGAACUACGCGUCACUCGGCUAGUAUGCCAAGAAACUGUGGAUCAUUAAUCUUGGCUAUUGGUAAAAGAAAGCGCAGUAAUCGAGAAAUUAUAGCUGGCCAUCAGGGUACUUCAAAUAUCAAAUCAAUGGAUAUUGAUGUUGCUAGUAGCUCAAGUAGUAUUAGUUCCUCAGAAAGUGAAGCUGGAAUUUAUACUAAUGAUGAAGGAAGAGAAGGAGAUGAUGAACAGAGUGAUUGGGUUGGUAAUGCAUGUGGAGCUGGUGGAGUAACUGAUGAUGAUGCCGAACCAAUUAAAAUUGAUUGUCAGAAAUUGUUAUCGGUUAAUUUACAAAAUAGCCCUUUAGCUGAAGGAAGAGGACCUGGGCGUAUGCCAAUGUGGCAUAGAAAUACUUUUCUUAAGAAGAGUGAUAGAGAAAUUCGUGGAGGCUUACGCAGAGUUCGGUCAGUUAAACCUAGUUUCUCUGUUAUGACUUCAGCUAAUGAAAAAGUAUCUCGUUUCUUACGAGAUCCUGCUCAGUCUGAAUUAAGGCUACAUCCAAUGCCAAAAAACGAACAAGACCAACUAUCACAUUUGGCAGAAAUGUAUUCCCUUCAUAUGCAACUCAAUGACUCUCCAAAAAAAGGAGUUACUUUGACCAAAACUGACAACACAAUUCAAGUAGACUUAGAAGCUCCAUUUUCACAUCUUAAUCCAUCAAAAGAUCACAAAAGAAAGAAAUCUGCAACUUCUGAAUUAAGUUUAGGCUUGCAAGCAUUACAUAAUCAAGCAUGGAUACCUAUAGUUCUAGAAGACAAGCCUUGUACAUCAUCUCAGACAGAAACUUCAACUCAGAACAAGUGA